UGGAUGCUUGGAUUUACCGACUUUUUGCACCACAACAUUGAUGGUUUCUCACCGUAUAAACGUCUCAUUUUCCCCGUAAGACGAACCAAGGACUCUGCUGUUAUCUGGGAUUAAAUACGUGAACAUUUUCCAGGCAUAUUUUUUGAUUUUGGGGCAGCAUGCUGCUCUCUAAACUGGGCUCCUUCUCUCACAUCGCGGCCAGCAUGGACAUGCCGGCGAAGCUGCAGCAAGCUAAAGUGGAGAAGCAGCCGUUUGAGAAGGUGUACCGGCUGGGCUCGGUGCUCGGUAGCGGGGGAUUCGGCACGGUUUACUCUGCUGUCCGCCUGGCCGACGGGCUGCCGGUGGCGGUGAAGCAUGUCUGCAGGGACAGAGUGACCGAGUGGGGCUCUCUGAGCGGCACAGUGGUUCCUCUGGAGAUCGUGCUGCUGAAGAAGGUUGGCGGAGCGUUUGGAGGCGUAGUGCGGCUUCUCGAUUGGUGGGAGCGUGCCGACGGAUGGCUGAUGGUGAUGGAGAGUCCAGAAUCGGGGCAAGACCUGUUCGAUUAUAUAACCGAGCAGGGCGCAUUAGAGGAGGCGGCGGCACGAGGAUUCUUCCUGCAGGUGCUAGAGGCCGUGAGGCACUGCUACACCUGUGGAGUCGUCCAUCGAGACAUCAAGGACGAAAACCUGCUGGUGGACCUGAGGACCGGACAGAUCAAACUCAUCGACUUCGGAUCAGGAGCCCUGCUCAAAGACAGCGCCUACACCGAGUUCGAUGGUACGCGGGUGUACAGUCCUCCCGAGUGGAUCCGUUUCCAGCGAUACCACGGCCGCUCGGCCACUGUCUGGUCGCUGGGCGUGCUGCUGUACGACAUGGUGUGCGGAGACAUCCCCUUCGAACAGGACGAGGAGAUCCUGAGAGGACGGGUCUACUUCAGACGCAACAUCUCCUCAGAAUGCAAGCAGCUGAUUGGUUGGUGUCUGAGCCAGCAGCCGUCGGACCGACCAACCCUGGAGCAGAUCUUCCUCCACCAAUGGGUGACGGGCAGCGAGGUGCAGCACACAGACAGCAUCACGCUACACACCAUCACAGCAGACUCCUCCCCCUCGUCAUCCUCCUUCCAGGAGAGCCUCUGAUUGGUCGACACAGGCUGUGGGGCGGGGCAUAGACAUUUAAUGCCUUGCAGGUAGCUGUGUCCUCGUGUGUUGAGCGGCCGGCUACCAGGAAGGGUUUUUCUGCUGAGGGCGGCGUGUCGUGGUUGUGGUUUUCCCCACAGCGCCCCCUCCUGUUCAAAGACAAUAGAGCAGCUCUUAUAGAGUCUCAACGCCUGUCGGGUGUUUCUGUUUCAGAGUGCCUUACGUUAUAAUGUGUGGAGCUCUGCAGACGUUCUUUUAGUUUGAUAAAUAUAGGUAGAGUGUAAAAUAGCUCAAGGUAAAAGAAGAACCCAUCGAGGUUCUUUACAAAACUUUAUUUGCAAGGCAUUGAGAAAAAGACAAAAUAGUCAGGCACAAAAACCCCCACAAGUUUGUUUUCUUCACUGCUUUGUUCUUGAUUUGACAGACGAAUGAACCAGAUGUGACGUGUUUAUUGUUUUUUUAUAAAUGCUGUCAGGUGGAUUUGUCUACCUUUGGACAAAGCAGAAUGGAGGUAUACAUAGAACUGGUUACAGGAACGGCAGGUCACGUGAAUGUAAAGUCAUUUUAUUACCCAGCAGUAUCAGUCAUUUGGCCUCUAAAAGCUGUCACUACUAGUUCUCCUUAUACCUCCAUGGUUUGCCCCAGUUACAUUCUUUGUGCUAAGCUAAGCUAACCGAAGAGUUAUCUAAAAGUCAAACGUUAAUUCAAAGAUGGUUUUCUUGUCCUCUGACGGACCCGCCUCCAGCCCAGAAACACCUCAUCAUGU